UUCAAAUUGUAAUUGUCUAAAUUUCCGACAGCACUUAAAGCAGCGUUCAUUUGACACUUCUAGUCCGAGUCAAGCUAACAUUCAGCAUGUCUGAGAAGCAGCUGGGGAAAAAGGUGGACCGAUGCCUGGCAGACGGUGCCAUAAAACUCGGUACCGGGCUGGGCUUAGGAAUUGUGUUCUCUGUUCUGUUCUUCAAACGGCACACGUGGCCGAUUUCAUUUGGCUCAGGGGCAGGACUUGGCAUGGCAUACGCCAACUGCCAGAAUGACCUGAGGUCACAUUAUCUGCUGCACAAAAGUGAAAAGGUUGGUUUGUGGGUCUGCGGACCCUUAAUAUAACACAUUUAGAACUUA